AUGGCUCUGAAUCGCAUGAGGACUACGGUCCAGAGCGCCAUUGCGCCUCCUCGCAAAGGAGAAACAUUCGAGUUGAGAGCAGGUCUAGUAUCGCAAUAUGCCUACGAAAGAAAAGAAGCGAUCCAAAAGACUAUCAUGGCCAUGACCCUGGGGAAGGAUGUAUCUCAGCUAUUUCCUGACGUCCUCAAGAAUAUCGCGACCAGCGAUCUGGACCAGAAGAAGCUGGUUUAUCUUUACCUGAUGAACUAUGCCAAAUCACAUCCAGAUCUGUGUAUUCUCGCCGUCAACACGUUCGUACAAGACUCAGAAGACCCGAAUCCUCUUAUACGUGCCCUAGCAAUACGGACGAUGGGCUGCAUCCGAGUAGACAAGAUGAUAGACUAUAUGGAGGAGCCACUACGGAAAACCCUUGCAGACGAGUCGCCUUACGUUCGAAAAACGGCAGCCAUAUGUGUUGCGAAACUGUUUGAUCUCAAUCCCUCGAUGUGUCUGGAAAAUGGGUUUCUGGAAAGGUUACAGGAAUUGAUUGGAGAUCCGAACCCUAUGGUCGUUGCAAACUCCGUACAGGCGCUGGCGGAAAUCAACGAGUCGGCUCCAGAAACGAAUGCUCUCCAGAUCACUUCGAACACCCUGAAGAAAAUGCUCAUGGCUCUGAACGAGUGUACGGAGUGGGGCCGAGUCACAAUUUUAACGGUACUGGCCGACUACAAGAACACAGAUGUGAAGGAGGCCGAGCACAUAUGCGAAAGAGUCGUCCCACAAUUCCAGCAUGUCAACUCCAGUGUGGUGCUUGCGGCAGUAAAGACAGUGUUCCUACACAUGAGAUAUAUUGGUCCAGAACUGUCGAAGUCAUACCUGAAGAAAAUGGCACCACCACUGGUCACACUGGUCUCGUCCGCCCCUGAAGUACAGUAUGUGGCGUUGAGAAACAUUGAUCUGCUCCUUCAGAAACAACCUGAGAUCCUAAGCAAAGAGCUGAGGGUCUUCUUUUGCAAAUACAAUGAUCCACCAUACGUCAAGUUUCAGAAGCUCGAGAUCAUGGUACGGAUUGCCAAUGAGUCCAAUGUCGAUCAGCUACUGGCAGAACUGAAAGAGUAUGCGCUUGAGGUCGACAUGGAUUUCGUUAGAAGAGGUGUAAGAGCGAUAGGGCAGGUCGCUAUCAAGAUCGAGAGUGCGAGCGAACGUUGCGUCAACGCUUUACUUGACCUGAUUAAUACCAAGGUCAAUUAUGUGGUUCAGGAAGUCAUCGUGGUUAUCAAGGACAUCUUCCGGAAAUAUCCUGGCUAUGAAGGAAUAAUACCAACACUAUGCAAGUGCAUAGAUGACCUCGACGAGCCGAAUGCCCGAGCAUCACUGAUCUGGAUCGUGGGAGAAUAUGCCGACAAAAUAAGUAACGCUGGCAAUAUCCUGGCAGGUUUUGUGGAUGGUUUUGCCGAGGAGUUCUCGCAAACGCAACUACAGAUAUUGACCGCUGUGGUUAAAUUGUUCCUGAAAAAGCCCCAAGCAGCACAAGGUCUAGUGCAGAAAGUGCUGCAGGCGGCAACAGCAGAUUGCGACAACCCAGAUAUCAGAGACAGAGCCUUUGUCUAUUGGCGACUGCUCUCAAACACAACAGAUCAGAACGCACCGAAAAACAUUAUCCUAUCAGAGAAACCUCCAAUCACCACAACCAUAAAAUCACUACCUCCGGCAUUACUUGAAAGGCUGCUGGGAGAGCUAUCGACACUAGCUUCCGUAUACCACAAGCCACCAGAGCAGUUCGUUGGUCAAGGACGUUAUGGUGCCGAAGCACUUCAACAAGCAGCCAUUGACGAACAGAUACAGAAUGCGAAGGAGGCUCCAAUCGCGGCUGCAGCCGUUGCUGCUGCUGCUCAAGGCAAGCCAGCCGCUCCUCAAGCUAAUGCCGAAAAUUUGCUGGACAUUGAUUUUGACGGUGCAGCACCUGCCUCUUCAACGGAGAAGCCACCAAACGGCAUGACUGGCCUCGAAGGAUUGGCAGGCACACCUCAGAGAGUGGCAUCACCAGCUGUAGGCGCACCCGCUCCUCCUCAGAAUAACAUGGAUGAUCUUAUGGGUGUAUUCGGCGGCAAUACAAACGGUAACACUGUUGCAAGUUCUUCAGGCUUUGGAGGCAUGUCAGACAGUGAUAUUAUGAAUGGCUUUGCAGGCAUGGAUCUCAGUGCUAAUCAUCAACCACCACCACCUCAGCAGCAGUUGAAUGGUGGGAAGAAAACGAAUGAAGAUUUGCUCUCGCUAUUUUAA